GAGGGCGACGGCGACACGAGCUCGCUGCCCCGGCCGCUCCAGCGCCGCUCCGUCAAGCAAGCUCAAGGAAGCCGUCCCCGUCCCCGUCCCCGUCCCCGUCAGAGACCUGGAGCUCGAGCUCGGGCCUGCUGCUGUUGCUCGCGUUGGCUGCGUUCGCCCCGAGGAAUUUGGGCUCGGAAGUCGGUGUAAUGGCCAUACACGGUCAUCUUUGUCGCCCCGUAAAUGUAAAUAAUGCUUAGGAAACAUGGCGUUUCUGUGUCCUGUCCGCAUAGGACGUAGCAAAAAGAAGAAAAGUUCUUCUGAUGUCGACAAAGAAUUGUCUCGUGGAGGGGGCACUCCCCUUGGAAUGGGACGUAUUACUGGCAGUGCAUCCAUUGAAACCUUAGUAAGAGUUGGGAUUGAGAAAGAAAAUGGAUUAUCUCCUGACAGUAAAAUGGUUGUUUUACAUGAUUUCACCCCUUGUGUGGAUGAUGAAUUAGAAGUUAAACGCGGUCAGGUGGUAAAUGUUCUGUACCGUGAGAAUGAUUGGGUCUAUGUGAUAGCAGCAGAUACUCGACAAGAAGGCUUCAUUCCACACUCGUAUUGUACUCUGUAUAAUUCUCAGCUUGGAGAGCUUGCGUUGAACAAUGUCAAAAAGAAACUCCCUAGAGAAGAAUGUGGGAUGGGGCCUUCAGCAAAUUUGUCAUCUGCUUCAAAUGGAGGAGCAAAUAAUAUCAAUAACAACGACGACUCUCCAGAUCACAGAGCGGAUAUGUCAGAUUGUGAGAGUUAUGGGAAUAAGAAAACAACUGUCGCUACUUCUGCACUCCAGCUGAACAUGGCCAGUUCUCAAGCUUCUCUUCAUAGUGCAUCCUCAUCUCAGCCAGAGGUGCAUCCAUUCCUAAAGGAUCCAUCUGGACGCUACAUUGUGCUCUAUACUUUUAUUGCUAGAGAUGAAAAUGAUGUGAGUGUUGAAAGAGGGGAGUUUGUCACAGUUCUCAACAGAGAAGACCCAGAUUGGUAUUGGAUUGUACGAAGUGACGGUCAAGAAGGGUUUGUUCCCAGUGGAUUUGUGUAUCCUGCAGAUGUUAUUCAGGGUCACUUAAGUCAAAAUAAUUCGCCACAGACAGCUACUUACCACACAUCACAUCAUGUGACCUCCCAAAGCACUGAUGAUCUUCGAUAUGGAACUGAACUUGUAAUGCUUUAUGACUAUAAGGCUCAAGCUCCUGAUGAUUUGUCAGUGAGAAGAGGGGAUUGGAUCUAUGCCGACUUAGCCAAUCAGACAGUUGAUGGAUGGUUGUGGGCUUAUGCUCCCAAAACUCGAAAAUAUGGUUUCAUUCCAAAAGCUUAUGCAAGACCACCUGCAAUGACGAGCUUAUAAUUACAAACCCCAAAUCAAAACUGCCUUUUGUUGUUUGUUUUUGAACAAUUGUUUAGGUAUUAUAAUGUUUAUCUAGUUUUGAAAAUGUUUUAUUGUCUAUUUAAUUUUUUUUCUAGUAAUAUGGUGUUUUCCUCCUGCCACUGUACUUUGCCAAUUACUUCUUUACAUUUAAUUGUGUCAUCCCUGCAUAAAUGAAGUGAUAACUCUUUUUAUUCUAAGAGGUCACUGAUGUAAAGCACUAUCCUUUCCUCAAAAGACAAGAAUGCAUUUUAGAGGAGAGGCCUUGUAUUUGUAUUGUAUUAGUGUAGCUUCUGUUUACUUUACUAUCUAUUGUCUCUUUUAAUUUUUAUCAGCGUAUGUAACACAAUCAAACUAUUACUACAAUUUAUAUCAUUUAAUGAAUCUGCCAUUUUUGUUCAUUCCUCUUAUAAUUCUACCCUCCAAAGUCUGUUGUGAUUUUAUGUUUUUGUUCAUCAUGGCGCGAUCACAAUUUCCUUUGUAACCAAUUUGGUAUCCUUGUCUACCGGCCAUGUCUCAUUUUCAGUGCCAUACUUGAAUGUUGUAUUAUUUUGACUAAUCAUGAGCCCCAUGUAAUUUCUGUUGGUUGCUUCUUUGUGCCUCUUUGUAUUUUUCAGGACGUUGAUCAUUAUUUUUAUUUUGUUUACAAUUUGUUUCAAAUUUUCAAUGCAUGAACAGAAGAUUAUUAAAAUUGGAUAUUAGUUAGGUUGCCAUUGUUACUGUCCCACAGUUGGAUUUGCAUAUGUCUUUCACAUGCAUAUAACUAAUUAUUUUAAAUUUAUGUGCGAAAGAGGCUGUGUUUUUCUAAAGCUCUUAACCUACUGUCAGAGUUUCUUUACAAGCAAUUUUAGGAGAAAACAUGUUUGAUUCUGAGGAAACUUUUUCAUUUCCAACAAGGGUUUUGUAGUAAUUUGUACAUAUGUAUGUGAUGCUUUAUUUAAUGAGUUAGAGAGAAAUAUUCUGAUGCCAAUAAUUCAAAUUAAAGACAUAAUUUAUUAA